UCUCUCCAUCACGGACCUACAACUCGAGGCAACCUCGCUGACGCACGACGCUCCCUUUGUCUUCGUGUAAGUCUUUUGCAUCUGUCUCAAGGUGCUUCAACACUGUCGCGAACUGCUUUGGCCGUACCGUCUACUUGGCUAUCGCAUCUGCUCGCCCUCCGCCGCCAUGAAGUGCAACAAGCUUGAAUGCUACAUCACGGCGGACAAGCAACGACUCGACGAGUAUGGCGUUGACUUGAACGAGGAAGAGAACACGUGCUCGACAUGGAUACCUUCGAAGGCCGGGCAGGACUUCGCUGUCGUUCUCGCCGAUCCUCAGAAAGCGCAUGCGGCGGACAGCUUGGAGCUCAACCUCUUUUUUGAUGGUGUCAGAUGCGAGGACUCUGUCGUGCCGAGUGCACACUCUUCCAAAGUCUCUACCUUGCGCGACACCAUCGUAUCUGAAACCGAGCGCCGCAACUUCCAAUUCGCUGCGCUGGAGCUCACUGACGAUGACUCGUUGCUCGGGAAGAGUGUCCAACGCGCAGGCGAAAUCAAGCUUGAGGUAUGGCGCUGUCGCGUGACAGGCAAGGGGGGCUACUUGCGCGGGAAAGCCGUUUCGGGCCCUUCUAAAGUGCACGAGAAGACAAAGAAAGGGCUCGCACACACUGUGGGGUACGGUAAGGCUGAGAAGGCGAAGCGAAACAGAUCGGUUUAUGCCGAUAAGGUGGGUCAAAAGCCCAUUGCUACAUUUACCUUCUAUUAUCGUAGCCUAGACAUCCUCCGCGCCAACGGCAUCGCACCGAAACCCGCUGAGGAAACCAGAUCAGAGUCGCGCUCCCCAUCGCCAGAAAGCUCGACUGCGAGGAAAGGGAAGAAGCGCAAAGCGUCCGACGAAUCCGAGCCGCAACAAAAGAAGAUCAAGCCUGAGGUCGUCGACAUCGAGGAGUUGCAACGGAUAGAAGACCGAGUGCGGCAAGCGGAGGAGGAGCUCCGCAAAGCCAGACUCGAGAUGUAUCGACAGCGCGGGAACGAGCGGGUGAAGCUCGAGGAUGUGUCGACCUUCGUGCCUGGGGAGGUCAUAGACUUGACGGACGACUGACGAGGGCUUUCUGGCACUUUUAUACCCUUCGCCCUUUACGCGUCAUAUGAUAUUCCCCGAGUUAUCGGUCCUCAUAGACACUGGCAUGACGGCGAUGCUGUCGUCGCCGGACAUACAGUGCCAGCACGCUCAAGCUCUUUUGGCAAGUCACAAUGCACUCUCGGCCAUCCGAGGUCUUCCAA